AAAUAUCAGGAAGCUUCUCAUUUGGAGCAAUUUGUGACUCGCUUUCUUCUGAAGGAAACAAUGAACCAGCUUCAGUCCCUCCAGAGCUCCUUGGAGUGUGCCAUGGAAACCACGGAGGAGCAGACUCAGCAGCAGAGACAAGGCCCAACAAAACCAGAAGUGGUCCAAUGGCCAGGAAAACGCUCAGCUCGAAGGCUUCAGAGGAACAGCAGCCUGUUGUCAAAUAGCUCGAAUUUGAGUACAGGCUGGAUUGAGGAAGACAGCCAGUGGAUGACCCAGAUAAACAGACUGCAAAAGCUGAUUGACAGGCUGGAAAAGAAGGAACUAAAGCUUGAGCCAUUUGAAGAGGAAGUUUUGGAAGAAAAUGCAAGAUCUCAUAUAAUGAUUGUUCAGCGCCAAAUGUCUGUGAUAGAAGAAGUAGUCAAGCAAUUCCAGCUUGCUCUGAAGCAGUAUGUGGAAUCUGCUUCUGCCCAGGGUGGCUGCUUGCAUGUUUCCAUACAGAAGCUUCCAAGUGAUUCCCGCUUCAUUAUUUAUGAAUUCUGGGAGAACAGCAAUGCCUGGAAUAGCCAUCUUCAAAUGAUUUACAGCAAGACAUUCCAAAGAAGUAAUGUGGACUUCUUGGAAACUCCAGAGCUCAUCACAACAAUGCUAGUCCCUGCAUCGUGGUGGGUCCUCAGUAACAACUAGAAGCUGUGGUAACAAGUAAUGUUAAUGUUGCUCUGUUUUUCAUCACGGUAACAGUCACACAGCAGUGUACAAGUGUGCUGGGUUAUGAAUUUACGAUGUGAUAAUGUUCAUUGUUAUGGAUUGUGAUCUUUUCCAUUUUAAAAUAUGGAAAACUGCACAUUUAUUAUCCUCUCUUCUUGUGGCUGGUUCAGUGAAAUGAUGCAUUCUAAAACCUGAAAUAAGACAACUAUGCUGGGUUGUUUGUUGUGUGUAUUCAGUCCAAAUGGUGACAGAAAAGUGCAUCUUGACUAGUAUGACUCAAUAUUUGUGAA